CCGCCGCGCGGGCGCCCGUUGGCGGCGCUGCCCGGGGCUGUCAUGGAACCAGAGAUAGAUAAUGAAUCCAUAGAGGAGGACUCAAUUCAUUUUAAUGUUGGUGGCUGGCAUUUUUCAAUUCCUAAAAGUAAAAUCACUCAGUUUCCAGAAUCUCUACUGUGCAAAGAAGCUUCUACACUGUUUGAGUCUGAAAACCCAAGAUUAUUUAUUGACAGAGAUGGAUCCAUAUUCAGACAUGUAUAUUAUUAUCUGCAUACCUCAAAACUGUCUUUUUCCAGCUGCGCUGAAUUGAAGUUGUUGUAUGAGCAAGCAUUAGUUUUGAAGUUGCCACCUUUAUUACAGACUUUAGACAAUUUGAAAGAAGGGAAACAUAACUUGCGUGUCCGACCUGCAGAUAUACCAAUAGCUGAAAGAGCAUCUAUUAAUUACUGGAGAACACAAAAAUGUAUCAGCAAACCAUCAGAGUUUCCAAUUAAAAAUCCAGCAUUUACAGGAUUACAUGAUAAAGCUCCAUUAGGGUUAAUGGAUACUCCAUUAUUAGACACGGAAGAGGAAGUACAUUACUGUUUUCUGCCACUAGAUCUGGUAGAAAAAUAUCCAACAUUAGUAAAUGAUGAUAAUUUACUAUGGCUUCUUGAGAAUGCAGUUCUGAUAGAGUGUGAAUGCAGUGAGUUCCGCUUUAUAGUUAAUUUCCUUCGCUCAGAGAAGAUUUUAUUGCCAGAUAAUUUUUCCAACUUUGAUGUUCUAGAAGUAGAGGUUGAGACACUGGGAAUUCCAGAGCUUACAAAUGCAGUACAGAUUUACAAGGGUGGUGAUUCUAUCUUGACAUGUGAUAUUGAAGAUCCAAUGAAAGGCAUAGAAAAUAAGAUACUAGAAGUUCAGAAAACAGCAAGACCCCCUUUGUAUGUCAUGGCACUUGAUCUCUUAGUAAAAUACCCUGAUUCAGCACUUGGACAGCUCCAUAUAGAAAGUACUUUGGACAGAAACAGGCUGUACAUCUCUGGGAAUGGAGUCCUCUUUCAGCAUGUCAGAAACUGGUUAGGAAUUUGUCGACUCCCACUUAUUGAAAGUAUGUCUGAAAUCCAGGAACUCUGUGCUUUCUUGGACAAAAGUGACAUCACUUAUGAACCAAUGAAAGAUGCUUUGAAAAAUUAUUUGAAACAAAAGACCCCUUCAGAGAUCAUGGAAUACAAUACAGAUUGGAGAGCAGAAGUAACUAUCUACUCCUUACAUCAGAUUGUGAAAAUAUAUGUAGGAAGUCACUGGUAUGAAACUUACUUACAAACCUUGCUGAAGUGUCCAGAGUUGCUGUCAAAUGGCAAAAAAGUGUAUUGGAUUACAUAUGGCCAGAGCCUCCUAAUCCAUGGAGAUGGACAAAUAUUUCGACACGUUCUCAACUUCCUUAGACUUGGCGAGCUGUUUUUACCAGCUGAAUUUGAAGAAUGGGCCCUAUUUUGUCAAGAAGUAGAGGAAUACAGAAUCCCUUCUCUACUAGAGGCACUGUAUCAGUGUGAAGCAUACAGAUUAUGGAAAAAACAUGAAAUUCCCAGUGAAGCUUUUCCAUUUAAAAGAUUAGAUAUUGUAACUUGGGAUAAGGAGCAUGAGUUCAGCAAAGACCCAAAAGAAGAACAUUCAUAUACUGCUGUGGAUUUCAAUAAAUGCUAUGGAAAUACUUGGAAUAAAAUAAAAGACUUGAAAGAAAAGCAGGACAGGAAAGGAGAAAAUGACAUGUAUGCCAGAAUAAUCUCACAGAUGAGAGGGACAAAGCGAAGAUUUAAGUCUGCAGGAGAUCAUCAGUCUACAGACAGUCAAGUGAAUUCCAGCUAUUGUAACCAUGCAGGGAGUCCUCCAAGGAAGAAGGGCAUAAGAAGCAAAUUGAAAAAGAAAUCCAAAAGUAAAGACUCAGCCACCCCCAUUAAGAAACUAAUAUCCCUGGUCAAGGACUGGGACACUGUGAACUCCAAAAGUUGUGAAUGCCAGCAUAUGAAACUAGCCUAUGAGAAUCUUACAGAGAGCACAUUUCAGUGCAAAGCAUUUGAAAAUGAGGGCUACACUAAUGAGCUUGCUGUUCAUUCUCCUGAGAAAGGAGGUCAUGCAGUACAGGAAAAUGAUCAAACCGUGCCAGAUGCAUUUGGUGCCCAAGAAAAACAUUUAGAACAACACACAUUCAAACAAAUUAUGCUGGCUACCUCAGCCAUUGAAAAACCCAGAUACAGCACUAUAGAAGAGCCUUACUCAACAGAAACAACUGCCACAUGGAGAGGCCAGGAACAAAUACAAGCAGAAAUGGUAAACGAUGAAUCGAAUGCUGUAACCAACGGAUUUAAUAAUGUAGGCUUGAUUCUUAAAGUUGAACAUCUUCCCAUUGUAAGCAGUGAUGGCUCUUGUCUAUACAAUGAAGAGAGUCUUAUUUACAGCACACAGCUUGAUGGCAGCAAACUGGCUAAUAGAAGUGCUCGUGCAUUAUGUCAAGAUAUCCUUUUCCUAAGUUUUGCUCUGUCACAUGAAGAGAUAUUCUAUGCUAGGAUGUGCCACUGUUUUUUGACUGACAUCAUCCUGAAUUCAAUCAGUCAGAAGGAUCCCAAGGAAAUCACAGACAAAGUUGUGACCCUAGUGAACAGGCUUUGGACCCUGCAGAUCACACCAAGAGAGUUUGUUGCUGAUUUGCUUAACACAAAGAAGUUUAAAGAUAACAGAUACAUUCAGGAAAAGCUACUUAGAUGGGUGGAAUUCACACUGCCGUUUGCAUGGAAGUACAGUCGCUGCAUGGAUGUACUGAUCAAGAAAGGGUACUCCAGAUCCAUAUCAUAUUUUGCCUUGGUAACAUAAUUUACAGAAGCUUUAAUAAACUUUGAUCUAGAUAUUUUA